AUGCCCCCCGACGUGAAGCUUUCAGAAACCAUGAAGAAGAACUAUGCAGGACUACAGGAAACGGAUCUCCGGAAUGUCUACGUCGUCGUAUGCAUGCAUUCGCUGAAGGCCCGGACACGUGGAAUCACGGCCUCUGAGGUGAAGGACGUCCUGCAGAGGCGGGGCUACACCGCAGGAAACGUCGCCGACUCACUGAAGAAGCUCGAAACACGGCAGCUGAUAGUCUCGGUACAGGAAAAGCAGGCGCGAUACUAUUUCCCAAAGGAGCUUUCCCGGGCCAGCGACGCCGUCUCCUCGUCCUUGGCCGGCCGGUUCAGCGAUGACGAACUCUCCAAGCUGUCUGCCCUUGUGUACAAGGCGGUGGGACGCGCGCCUGUCGUCUUUGAUGAUAUAUGCAAGGCCAUUCAGAAGAACGAGGUCGGGACUCUAACACCUGAGGAGGUUCGGAUAAUCGUGAGAGCUAACAACAGACGGGUCAUAGUGGAUAUACAGAUAAUAUCUCACACCAAGACUAAGCUAUGGAAGAAUAAACCUGAUUAUCAAGACUGUCUAAAAGAAUCUUUCUAUUGA